AUGGAUGAAGAGACAUUAUCUUCCUUUCCUUCACCUUCACUCUCUUCAACUCUACCAUCUAUACCAUCUACUUCAUCUAAUACUAUAAUUGAACCAAUCAAUUUACCAUCUCUACCAUUAACAAUCUCAUCAACUCUUCAAUCAUCUUCAUCUUCUGAUCUUCUCCCUUCAUCGCAAUUUACUUCUAAUUUAUCUAUUUCUCAACCAACACCUCAUUCUUCUCAAUCUACUGGAUUUAUUACUCCACCUCAUUAUUUUAAUUCAUCUGAUCAUUAUCCUCAUGAUUGUUAUUUAACUGCUGAGGCUAAAAUUAAUGAUAUUCCUGGUAUCGUUUUACUUGAUACUGGUUCUGGUGUUACGAUUAUUAGCUCUAAUCAUUGGAAAAUCAUUGGUACACCUGAUCCUAUUCGGCCUUAUAAUGGACCUGAAAUUCAAGGACCUGAUGGAAGUUCAAUCGGUCCUGAAGGUCAAGUUAUUGUUCACAUUACUAUGGCUGGUGCUACUACUCAACAUCCUGCUAUUCUUGCCAAGCAUUUUCAUCAUCUUAUCUUACUCGGUAAUGAUUAUAUGAAAUCAAUUGGUCUAGUUUUAGAUCUUCAAGCAAACAAAAUGUGGCUUCGUCAACAUCCUGAGCGAUCUUAUUCUAUUUCAUCUGAUCUUACUCAAGCUGGUCGCAUCGAUGUACCUGUUAUUUCUACUGAACGACGUAUUAUUGCUCCAUAUCAUAUUGCUUAUAUUCAAGUAAACGUUCCAUCUUCUCUUUUAUCUCACAGCUGGGAUGCUUCUAUUACUGGUCACCGUUCGAACAUCGCUACUGCUAAUAGUUUAAUUCGUUUUACUGAUCGUAAAUCUUUCGUACAAAUUGCCAAUUGUACUGCUCGUCAACAACAGGUAAAUUCUGGUGAAUAUGUUGCCUUAGCUGAUCUUUAUCUUGGUGGAUUUGAUUCAACAUCGGAUGUUUAUCCAAUAUCAUCUUCACCAUCUAAUUCAUCUUUAUUAUCAUCAUGGGAAUCACCGACGCCCAUAUCAAAAGAAGGAUUUUACUUUAAUUCAUCAUCUACUGAUUAUGCAUCACCAACUACCGAUACUGAUCAACAACAACACGACUCUUCUACUUCUCAAUCUCAUUUACAUUCUUCACUUCCACCACAAACUCAUACUCUUUUUAAUACUCAGCAACCUUUUAUAAUAAAUACUUCUCUCACAUCUACAUCUUCACAUAAAUUUUCAUCAUCAUCUUCAAAUAUUCAUUUACCAACUGCUACUAUUCGUGAUACAUCAUCUUUAUCAAAUAUUGAUUUUCUUCAAUCCUUUAAUGUUACUGAUACUGAUCUUAAUGAAAAUGAACUUAUUCAACUUAAAAAUCUUCUUAUUACUUAUCGUACUUGUUUUAAUGAUAAACCUGGUCGUACCUCUGUAACUCAACAUCACAUUGAUACCGGUACCACCAAACCAAUUAAAUUACGACCUUAUCGCGUUUCACCACAACGCCAACAAAUUAUCUCUCAACACAUUAAUCAAAUGUUAACUGAUGAUAUUAUUGAACUAGCUAAUGGUCCAUAUGCUGCUCCUGUUACUUUACAACCAAAAAAGGACGGUUCCUUACGUUUUUGUGUUGAUUUUCGUCAACUCAAUUCUGUUACUGUUCGUGACGUCUAUCCGAUUCCUCGAAUCGAUGAUACUCUCGAUCAGCUGCAAGCUGCCAAAUAUUUUACAUCUUUGGAUUUAAAAUCCGGUUUUUGGCAGAUUGAGUUGGAUGAUGAAAGUCGUCCAAAAACAGCAUUUAUUACGCAUGCUGGACUUUUUCAGUUCAAAGUCAUGCCAUUUGGUCUUACCAAUGCUCCUGCAACGUUUCAACAUCUCAUGGAUUUAAUACUUGGUGGGCUCAAAUGGUCUUGUGCCUUAGUCUAUCUCGAUGAUAUCAUCGUUUACUCUCCAACAUUUCAAUUACAUCUCAAACAUUUAGAGUCUGUACUCCAACAUAUUCAAGCAAGUGGUCUUAUUCUUCAUAUUUCUAAAUGUCAAUUUUGUAAAAUCAAAAUUAAAUACCUCGGUCACGUAGUUUCACAAUCUGGUAUUGAACCUGAUCCUGAUAAAAUCCAUGCUGUACGUGAUUAUCCUGUUCCAACUCGCCUCAAGGAAGUUCGUACAUUUCUCGGUCUUACCAGUUAUUACCGUCGAUUCAUAAAAAAUGAUGCCACUAUUGCUGAACCACUUACUUCUCUUACUCGAAAUGCUGACAAUAAAUCCUUUAUUUGGACACCAUCGUGUCAACAAGCAUUUCUUCAUCUUCGUCAAUUACUUAUUGAAGUACCUGUUAUUUCUUAUCCUCAUUUUAAUCAACCAUUUAUUUUACAAGUUGAUGCAUCAGAUGUCGGUUUAUCUGCUAUAUUAGCUCAAAAACUUCCUGAUGCAGAUGGUGUUCAACGUGAACAUGUCGUCGGUUAUGCAAGUCGCACCUUAUCGCCGAUUGAACGUCGUUAUUCACCUACUGAACGUGAAUGUUUAGCAAUAGUUUAUGGUUGUUCUCAUUUUCGACCAUAUCUUGAAGGUGUUCAUUUUACUAUUCUGACCGACCAUAAGGCCCUUAAAUGGUUACAUCGUACUAAAGAUCUGAAUAGUCGACUUGCACGUUGGGCUAUGCAAAUUGCUGCUUAUGAUGUCGAUAUACAACAUCGUUCAGGUACUGAUAAUGCCAAUUGUGAUGCUCUUUCUCGAGCUCUUGUUGAUGAAUUAUCUUCUUUCACCAACGAACCAACUACUCAAGAUGUUAAUCCAAUUAAUAUUCUUCAUGAUCCCGGUCGUGAACUUCUUCUCGAUUAUUUCCACCAUUCUUCAUUAUCUCCACCUCAACUCAUUAUACCUAUUUCACUUAAUAACAAUACCAACAUCAUUGAUCAAUCAUCACAUUUCACACUUCCUUUUUCUCCGACUCUUUUAGCUAAUCUUCACUUCGCUACCAAAACUCAAUUAUAUGAAGACAUACGUGAUGCUCAAUGGCAAGAUCCUGAACUUUUACCACUUCUCAAUUAUCUUCAACAUCAACAACUUCCUGAAGAUAAUACUUCAUCUAAAAUUCUUGCUCUUGCUUCUUCUCAUCGCGUCGUUGAUGGAGCUUUAUAUCGUAUUCUCCGACCCUCGUCAACAUUCACUGAUAUAUCAUCAUCUAUUAUCGAUUUUUCUACUCAUCUAUUUCUUCAUCCGCAACAACAACUUCGCCUCAUUGUACCUAAAUCGAAGAUUCGUGAACUUUUAUCACUUGCUCAUGAUCAUCCAACUGCUGCCCAUCUCGGUCGACGUAAAACUCUUUUUCGUUUAUCAUCUCGUUUUAUUUGGCCUCAUAUGCGACGUGACGUAAUAGCUUACGUUCGUUCUUGUAUGCUUUGCCAACAAUAUAAACCAUCCAAUCAACCUUCUGGUGGUUUAAUGAAACCUAUUGUUAUACACGAACCAUGGAACACAGUUGGGAUCGACCUUACUGGACCUUUACCUAAAACUCGUCGUGGUAAUAGUUAUAUACUUGUCGUUAUCGAUUACUUUACCAAGUGGGUUGAAUUAUUUCCACUCGCUAAUACUAAAGCUAAGACCAUUGCUCAACUAUUUCUCGAUGAAGUCAUAUGUCGUUUUGGUUUUCCUGUUCGAAUUAUCUCCGACAAUGGUGUUCAAUUUUUAUCAUCUAUCUUUACUAAUGUUUGUCAAACUUUGGGUAUUAAACAUCAACGUACUCCACUUUAUCAUCCACAAAGUAAUUUAUGUGAACGUGUUAAUCGAACACUUAAACCAUUACUUGCUGCGCUUGCUCAUCAUGAUACUAAAUCAUGGGAUCUCAAACUUGCUCAAAUUGCAUUUGCCUUACGAACUGCACCAAGUGAUUCAACUGAACAAUCACCUGCUUUUCUUAUGUUUGGUCGUCAUCCUCGUCAACCACUCGAUCUUUGUUUACCUUCACCAACAACUAUGGAAACACCUCCGACUACUGACGAUCUUUCUAACUAUCGUAAACGUUUAUUAGCUGACUUAUUGCCAGCUUAUGCCAAUACACGUGAGCUUCUUGAUAUAUCUCAUCAACGACAAACUCAGCAAUAUAAUAAACAUCAUCGUGAUCUUCAUUUUGAACCUGGUGAUUUAGUUUGGGUUACUGCACUUUCAGGUGUAGCAAUGGGUAAAUGGCGUGGUAAGAAACUUAGUCCACGACGAGAAGGUCCUUAUCGUGUUGUUCAACGUCUUUCAUCAUUAACUUAUUCACUUGAACACACACUUACUGGUCAACAACUUACUCCUAUUCAUGUUAAUCGACUUGAACGUUAUUAUUCUUACAAUACCAUCGAUUAA